GUUCCAGUGAGGGUGGAGUGUGUGUGUGUGUGUGUGUGUGUGUGUGUGACUAUGGUAUGAAUCAUGGGCUCACAUCUCCGCUCCAUCACAGUAGAAAUAUAGCAGCAUAAGGAGCUCGCCUGGCAGUAAUGUGGUUGUAGGGGGAAACACGUUCAUGAACCAGAGUUCUUCAUUCAUCAUCAUCUGAAUCAUCUUCAUCAUGUCAGUGAAGUCCGAAAGAGUGCAGAAGAAAUGGGCGGUAUUGAAAAGUCACCUGGGCUCAUCUCAGGACUCAGACUCAAGCACGCAGGAGGCCAACCUAGAGAAUGCUGAACCCGAGCUGUGCAUCCGCCUGCUGCAGGUGCCCACCGUGGUCAACUACUCUGGCCUGAAAAAGCGGCUGGAGGGCAGUGAUCAGGCAUGGAUGGUGCAGUUUCUCGAACUGUCAGGCCUCGACCUGCUGUUGGAGGCCCUGGACCGUCUCUCAGGUCGCGGCUGCUCACGCAUCACCGACGCACUGCUCCAGCUCACCUGUGUCAGCUGUGUCAAAGCUGUAAUGAACUCAUCCAUAGGGAUCCAUUUCAUCAUGGAAAAUGAGGGUUAUGUGCGUAAGCUCUCACAAGCUCUGGAUACAUCCAAUAUCAUGGUGAAGAAGCAAGUGUUUGAGCUGCUGGCUGCCCUCAGCAUGUUUGAUUCAGAAGGAUACAGAUUGGCGCUGGACUCUCUGGACCAUUAUAAGGCUGUAAAGAUGCAGCAGUACCGCUUCAGUGUGAUCAUGAAUGAACUGCAGAACACAGAUAAUGUGCACUACAUGGUGACGCUACUGAGCUUCAUCAACGCGCUCAUCUUCAGCACAGAAGACCUGCGCCAAAGGGACAAGAUGCGCAAAGAAUUCAUCGGUUUACAGCUGCUUGACCUCCUGCCGAAGCUGCGAGAGGAGGAGGAUGAAGACUUGAUCAUCCAGUGUGAGGCGUUUGAGGAAGCCAUGGCUGAGGACGAGGAGGAACUGUUGAGGCUUUAUGGAGGCAUUGAUAUGAGCAAUCACCAGGAAGUCUUCAUCACUCUGUUUAACAAAGUGAGUAGCUCCCCUGCAUCGUUGCAGCUGCUGUCCAUCUUACAGACUCUGAUGUUGUUAGGACCAGAGCGAGCAGACAUCUGGCAGGCCCUGGAGGCUCUUACUAACCGUGCAGUCCUCCUGGCCCAGAACUCUCAAAUGGACUCCUGCGAGACGAUCAUGCAGCGGCUUAUUUUUUCCAAAGAAUCCUCCACUGGUGCUCAUCAUGUAGAUGCUCCACCUACAAAGAAAGCAGAUAAAGCAAUUCAGACCGAGUUGAAUGAUUGGGAGAAAGAAUCUUUAAGAAAUAUACCCAUGACCAACCAAGCACAGCCCCUCAGCUUCACAAAGAAGCCCUGCACCACCGAGCCUCCUCCACCGCCUCCUCCUCCACCUCCAUUACCCAGUUUGGCUGCACCACCUCCUCCUCCUCCUCCUCCACCUUUACCAGGCAUGGGUGGUGUUCCACCUCCACCACCACCUUUACCAGGCAUGGGUGGUGUUCCACCUCCACCACCACCUUUACCAGGCGUGGGUGGUGUUCCACCUCCACCACCACCUUUACCAGGCGUGGGUGGUGUUCCGCCACCACCUCCACCACCUUUACCAGGCAUGGGUGCUCCUCCUCCUCCUCCACCUUUACCUGGCAUGGGAAUGCCACCACCACCUCCACCCUUCCCUGGAGGUCCUCCAGUACCACCUCCACUCCCUGGCAUGCCAUGCCCACCUUUCCCACCUCCUAUGGGAGGAGAUAUAAUAGUAGCCCAGACUUUUCAGUCACUAGGGAGAUCUUACAGCAUGCCAGUGAAGACGGGUCCAUAUCCCACGCUUAGAAUGAAGAAGCUCAACUGGCAGAAGCUAAACUCCAAAGCAGUCACUGAUGGUUGCAAUAUUUGGGCCUCAGAACAAACAGAUUCCCCUCUGGUACCUGACUACACUAGCAUCGAGCAACUUUUCAGUCUCCCAGUGGCUGAGCCCAAAGAGAAAGGACCAGUUGCUGCUGCUAAGAAAGAACCCAAAGAAAUUUCCUUUAUUGAUGCCAAGAAGAAUCUGAAUCUGAAUAUAUUUCUCAAGCAGUUCAAAUGCUCUAAUGAGGACUUUGUGGACAUGAUUCAGAAAGGGGAUCGUUCCAAGUUUGAUGUCGAGGUGUUAAAACAGCUACUGAAGCUCCUUCCAGAGAAACACGAGAUCGACAACCUGAACUCUUUCCAAGGAGAACGAGACAAGCUUGCCAACGUCGACAAGUUUUACCUAUCGCUCCUCGCUGUUCCCUGCUAUCAGCUGAGGAUUGAUUGCAUGCUGUUGUGUGAGGAGACUGCGUCUGUAUUGGAGAUUCUGAAACCCAAAGCACAGCUGGUGGAGGAGGCUUGUGAGAGUCUCAGAGCUAGCACACUGCUGCCCAGUUUCUGCAGGUUAAUCCUUCGAGUAGGAAACUUCCUCAACUAUGGAAGUCAUACAGGAAAUGCUGAAGGAUUCAAGAUUAGCUCCUUGCUGAAGCUGACAGAAACCAAAGCCAACAAGGGCCGUAUCACUCUGUUGCACCACAUCCUCGAGGAAGCCGAGUUGAAUCACCCUGAGCUUCUGAACCUCCCUGACGAAAUUGAAAGCUGUGAAAAGGCAGCAGGAAUAAACCUAGAUUGCAUUCAGGCUGAGGCAAGUGCACUGUCCAAGCGUUUAAGGGACACCGAGAAAAAAGUCUUGUCAUCAGUUCAAGAUGUUCAAGAUCAGUUUUUAAGUAUUAUCAAGGAGAACCUUCGGGCAUGUAAAGGUUUGGAGGAUUGCUUUGCGGACAUUGAGAAGAAGAAAGGAGAUCUGGCUCAGUACCUGUGUGAAGAUGCUGCUCAGCUGUCACUAGAGGAGCUCUUUAGCACCAUUAAGAUCUUCCGUGGGCUUUUCCUCAAAGCAUUAAAGGAGAACAAGAUCCGUAAGGAGCAAGCUGCCAAGGCAGAGAAGAGGAAAAAGCAGCUGGCAGAGGAGGAGUCCAAGCGACAGAAAGGAGAGAACGGCAAGAUCAUUAGAAGAGGAGGUGUGCCUCAGGAGGAUGGCUGCAUCAUUGACAACCUGCUAGCUGACAUCAGAAAAGGUUUCCAGCUUAGAAAGACCAGGCCCAGGUGCGAAACGGAAAGUGCCCCCUCUAGUGAAAUGCAUAGGGACACCGCACAAAGUGUCAAAUGUGCAGAAAGAGAAGUCACGUCAGGUGUACCUCAAGACCCCCCUCCUCCUCAGCCAAAGGAAACAAAUCUCGAAGGUCCAGUCAGCGCUUCCUCCACCAACCCCAGAGGAGAAAGAGCAGCCACAGCAACUGGUAAUGAAGUUCCACUCGCACAUCAAGAGACCCAAUCAGGCCUCUCCACCGAACGCACAGUGUCUAACCAUACAGCUACACCGCUCAAGCCUUCCGCACAGCUUCCUCCAGUUCAGGAUUGCUUAAAAGAUAACGUAGAAACUCCUCUUCCAACUGAAAUCCUUAGUGAGAAAAACUCUUCCACAGAGACUCCACUGACAGAAAAGACCUCUGUGGACACACGAUUCUCUACAGUGCCUCCAUCUACUGUGAACCCAUCUGCAGCAACAGAUGGCACACAACAAAACUGUAACUCUAAUAACAGCCAAGUCAAAGACGACCAAGCUUUUACUGAUACCACACUCAAAAACGUGACCAAUAUCAACUCUGGUGCUCAUACUGACUCGCAUGUGGAAGUACACGGCAUGGUCAGUGAUGAAAUGGUGCCAGAAAGCCAAGACCAGAAUGCAAAGAAACGCUCAAGCACAACUCCGGUAGACUCUAGCCGCGCCACAGAGUCAUCUCUUGCUGGUAACAGUAAUACAGAGAUGCUGGGUGAGCCUGAUGCACCUGACGGAGCAGGUGCUGUGGAUGGGUCUGCCCCCUCAAAUCCUCCCGCCUCUCGGCCGAAAUCACAUAAGCUCAUCCAAGGAAGGAAAAAAAGCAAUAAAGAAGGGAGAACCAGGAAAGGGAAACCACGAGGGAAGCGAUGAAGCUUUAAUUGUAUAGCUGUAUCCAUGAUCAACUUUUAAAGCUCCCUUUAACUGCUCGCACACUCGACACUCAGAAACCAAGGGCUGAGCACUCGGAACAGAAUCAAAACUUCCGUGUGGACCACGUGCUGAUGUUUUAAGGAAGAAAAAGCAUUAUUUUUGGAAAAAGCUUACUUUUGCCCUUUAGAAUGUGGCCAAAUAUUUAAUUAGUUUGUGCACUAUAUUAUGAUAAGCCAAAUCUUUGUUUACAUAUAGAUAUAUAUCUGGGAGCAAUGGACAGAAAGAAAAAAAAAAAAAAUGUGUGUAUAUUGGAAUUAUGAGUUUACCAGUAAUAGUUUAAGAUGGCCCAGUGUUACAGAUUUGAAUCAGAAAAAUGCUGUAAGAUUUUAGGUCGAUGGAAUUUCAUAUGUUGCUGGUAAAUAUUGCAAGUUAAAUAACCCUUUCAAGAUCUAAUUAUCAGAGUGAAUGUAUAGUAUCUGUUAAAGAGAACAAAGUAUUCUAUCAUGUGGUUUGUUAUAGCAAUAUAAGCAUCUCUAAGAGCCCAAAAUAAGUGUAAUUAAUGUGGGCUUUGGAGUAAAUGAGGUUGGCAGCUUCACCUUAUAUCCCUUUUAAUCUUGUGCAAACCUGUCUGGAAAACUGGUCCCUAUAUUAUAUUUGGCUGUCUUAGUAAUAAUAUAAAUGUUAUAUUUAAAACUGGAUACUUAGUGUAGUGUAUGAUGUAACGUAAGAAAAAAAAUAUUUAGUUAAUUUCUAUCUGUUGCACAGUGGUUGUUGAAAUAAAUACAGCAGAUGAUGUAUGCUGUGGUUGGUGUAAUUUACAUAAACUCUUCUGGAUGGACUCUUAAUAUAACCAACUAACAGUCAACAUAGGACAACAUAAGCUCUAGCACUGGUUUUGUAUUUGCUUAUUUCUGAAUAAUGCCAAAAGACAGUGGCUCAACAUUUUACAAUGUGCUUUUAAUGGAUUUCUUAAAAGCACACUGCCAAAGCACAACAGGAAUUCAACACUCAAUGCUUCUACUGAGGAAGAAAUAACUGUUAAUUAAAUUUUAGAUUAUUCUCUGAGGUGUGAUUAGUUGUGUAUUGUCUUUCACAUUACUAUACUUUCAAUAAAUACAUUUUCCUAACAAACUCAUAUCAAAUGUAAAUAACUCCUGGGACACCAUUAUUCUAUCAGCAUUUUGAUAAAGCUGUCAUCUGUG